AUGUCAAGAAGAGGCUUACGAGAUGAAGAAAUCGAACGAUUAUUGUGUGAAAUUCCAUCAGACGAGGAUUCCACUGUUGACACCACAGAUGACGAAUCUGAUUAUGAAGCAAGCAUUGUUGCGGAGGCUAUUGUGUCGUCUGAAGGCGAAGUUUCAGAGAGCGAGGAAGAAAGUGAGUCCACUCCGCCAAAACGCGCUGCUGACACAGCGCCAACUUGGGGACAACAAUUCAAUGCUACCUCAGGAAUGCAGUUCGACAGUGAAUCAGGACCAAGUGCUUUUAUUAGGGACAUUGAUGAUCCAGAACCUAUCGAUAUAUUCGAAAAAAUAUUUCCAAAAGAGCUAGUUCAGCUAAUCGUUUUCCAAACAAAUUUAUAUGCGACGCAAUCUGGCAAGUCUUUCACUCCAACAACUGACAAUGAAAUACGAACUUUCCUGGGAAUCAACAUUUUGAUGGGUAUAAAGCGUAUGCCAGCAUACAGAGACUACUGGUCUAGUGCCCCAGAACUUCAUGAUCGUUAUAUUGCAUCUCUGAUGGCAGUAAAUCGGUUUGGAUGGUUACUGAGGAACAUUCAUCUGAAUGAUAACACAUUGCAUCCAGAAAAAGGACACCCAGGUUAUGACAAACUGUACAAGCUGCGACCAGUGAUCAAGAUACUAUCUGAAUCUUUUUCCAAGUGUUACCAACCCAGCAAACACCUAGCAAUUGAUGAGUCAAUGAUCAAAUUCAAAGGCCGCAACAGUAUGAAACAAUACAUGAGAGAUAAACCCAUAAAGCGUGGUUACAAAGUGUGGAUGCUGUGUGACAAGACCUCUUACAACUUGAAAUUUGAUAUUUACACCGGAAAAAGAGUACGUAGGGAGGGCGUGCCGGAGAGGCAGCUGAGCGUGAUGGAUCCGCGACACGGCGGCCGCAUCCUUAUUAAGAGCCGCAAGGGCGGAGUAACGGUGCGGCGCGGCCCGCACGGUUUGGGGGACAGGUGCCGCAGCCCACCGGCCGCCGGCUGCCCCUGCCGUUGCGAAACGCGCCGUUGUGCAACCCGCGGCCUGCCACGCCGCUGUCAUCCCUUUACUUAG